UUGUGUCUUUGCACAGCCUUAUCUGAUUGCUGUAUGCAUGCCUCAUUAGGCAGAAAACUCCCCCAUCAGGAGUGCCCACAGGGCAGCGCCCAUGCCUAGACAUCUGCUUCAUCUGCCCCUGCCCAGACCUGCCGAUCUGUGGUGGCUGUGCAAUCACUUUCUGCCACUUUUAAGCCCCGCUGGCAGCCAUUAUAACACAUUAAGAGUUCUUGUGUAAUGUUUGACUGUGCGCAUAGACAAGGUCAUUCAACAUCAGGUGCCUCUCUGCAUCGAUACCAUUGGAGUAGCUCCGCCUGCUUUUAUAGCACUUGACGAGUCCAAUCUCUUUUUUACAAUCUGAUUGAAUGGCUUAUUACAUUUCCGGCUCAUAUAUUUCAUGUGUUAAUCAAAUGUGAGAAAACAUCCAGCAGUGGUUGGGAUUAUAGACUCUAUUUAUCUCAUUCACAGGAGAUCAGAAACAUCCACAAUGAAGAGCUGAUGGGUAUUCGGAGGGAGGAGGAAAUGGAGAUGUCGGAUGAUGACAUGGAGGACGCCCUGGAAAGCAAGGAUUCGGAUGAAUCAGGGCCGCUGGCUCAGGUGGAGGCUCUGAAAGAAGAGAACGACAGUCUGCGGUGUCAGCUGGACGCCUACAGGAAUGAGGUGGAGCUUCUGAAACAGGAGCAGGGUAAAGCGCAGCCCCAGCGCAGCGAGGAGGACACCACCCGCCAGCAGCAGCUCAGCUUCCUGCAGCAGGCUCUGCAGGGCAUGCAGAAGCAACUGCUCAAACUUCGCGAGGAUCUGAAACAGAGAGAGACGGAGCUGGAGAAGAACUCAGAGGAAAAACAACAGCUGGAAAGCCAGAUCCAGAGUCUGAAAGACCGGAUUCAAGCUUUGCCCACAUCACACGCUCUGCCCCUGGAGAAGGCCGAGCGGGAGGACAGAGGAGAUGAAAGCACCAAUCACAGCAGCGAGGCGGCGGUGGCCGUGGUGUCCUGCAGCCAGGAGAAGGAGAACCAGCCGGAGAAAGGCCCCCCCAGCCCCGUCAAAUCAGAACGAGAGGCUCUGCUCGUGGGAAUCAUCUCAACGUUUCUUCACGUCCAUCCUUUUGGAGCCAGCAUUGAAUAUAUCUGCUCCUAUUUACAGCGGCUGGACACAAAAAUCAGCACCACAGAGGUGGAGACUCUUUUGGGUCGGCUGCCCUGCACGUUCAAGCAGGAGUUGACGGGAGUCGGGGCGAGUUUGGAGAAACGCUGGAAGUUCUGUGGGUUUGAUGGCAUUAAGACGGCGUAGAGACACGGGUUUGGGUUCCUGCUAGAAAAACAAAAAUGGGUGAUGGACCCGGAGGGGUCUCAACCAAUCACCUGCCAGCUCUCCGCGUCCGUCCGGCCAUCCCAUUGGGACACUAUUGUGGAAAUCUCCGAAAAAAACACUCAAGACCCGGAGGUGUGUGUGCAGUAUGUUUCAGCACAUGAACGGACCGUGCACUUGUACCACACAACGGGUAAAAAUGAGGGUUUGCUGAACCGAGGACUGGAACUGUCAACAUACAUUUUCUUGUUUCACUUCUGAUUUGUAAAAAAAAAAAAAAAAAAAAAAGGAAAAAAAAACACUUUUCUUUUAUCUUCUGUAUAGGCGGCAGAAAACAGUUGCAUAGAAUCCUGUAAAUGUACAUUUGAAUAACUUGCUAUUUUUAAAUAAUAAAAAGACGAAAGGAAAUCUGGAAGCAGGCU